AUGAGUUUUCUGAACCUUCGAAGCAAUUCUCGUACUUCGACUUUCAAUGCGCUCGACCUUCCCGAUGAGGUUCUCGCCGGGAUUUUCCACAGGUUUUUGAUUUAGAAUAAAAAAAGAAAAAUAAAAUAAUAUUUGAUUUGAAGAUGUUCGCCAGUCGAUUUGACAAGGUGUGCCUUGGUUUGCCACCGAUUCCGCGAAGUUAUCGAAGAUGAAGAGGAAAAAAAGGCGAGGUUUUUGAGAAGUUGGCAACGGACCAGGAUCUUCAUCUGCGAUCGCCGAAGGUUUGUUUUCGAAUGGAAAAAAAUAUUUACUCACUAUUACUUUUCAAAUCUGUCUUGUUUUUCAUUUCUGAAAACAGUCAUGAUUUAGGAGUUUCAUCUUCGGUUCCAGCUUUAAAAUAGUUUCACUAGUUUUUAAAAUGAUCAAAUUUUUCUCAUUUUUUUGUUCAAAAAAAUAGGAUGAUCAGCUGUUUUGUGGGGCUCAUGCCAUGUUAUUUCCAAUACGAAAAAAAGAAAAAUACUUUUUCAAUUUUUUUAUUUGAAAGGACAUCGUAUUUACAACAAACAACGUAUUUUUUUCUGUUUAAUAUUUUUAUUUUUAAGGGACAGGAAUGUUUUUGGGGGUUUGAAAGUUUAACUGAGUUGAGAGAUAAUAUGACGAGAUAAAUGAAAAACGAGAUUCGUGAAAAUGGUAGAAAAAAAGAUAUUUAUUAUUUUUUUAUGCGUUCUACAAAGUUUUUUUCACGUUUUUUCAAGUCAUUCGAAAUAACGUUUUUCUCAUUUUUUGGAAGAUUUGGCGAAAAAAAGCUCAUUUUUGGAUAUUUUGGUGCGAGGAGCGAAAUCAAGAUCAUUUUGAACUUUUCUUAAAUUGAAUCGGACAAGAAUCCCUGAAGAGUUGUAUAUAAGAUUGACCAGUUUCAAAUGUAAGAGGGUGAAAAAUGGAUAACAAGAAAGGAAAAAGUCACAAUUUCGUACUUUUUCUGACGACUUCUGCUCAAACGACGAACUUUUCGUAGUCCUCGGCGCUGAGCUGGACGAUCCAGACCCGUCCCAGACUCUGACGACGUUCCACCCGCUUCAAAUAGCACCGAAAUGUAGCCAAAGAUAUGAGAAUGACGAGAAACGAGAGCAGACCGAGGGCUCCCGAGCACAGCUGAGCCAUUUUAAUGAAUCUUCCUGAUUGCCCAAAAAUGUUGACGCACUUGUCCCCCCACCACCCAAAAACACAGCUGAUCCUUGAGGCGUUAUGGAGUUUUUCACUCUCGAAAUUGUUGGGUUGGUGUCGAACUGGUUUUCGACCAUUCAGCGACCAGUUAAUUAAAGAAUUCGUGCGAAAAUAAUGGAAAAAAGACGAACUUUCAACUUUUUUUUGGUCGUUUUGAAUUAGAAGUCGUUGGCUGAAGCUCCGCCCCUAAAAGAUAAGCCAAUCAGAGAGCUUUUUCGAAUGACGUCAUUGUAGUUGUAUUUCAAAAUCUGAACGGACUAUUGUAGUUUUUAGAUUUUUUUUGAUGUGUUUGAGAGAAAAUCUGAACGAAAAUUGAAGGCACAGGGCAGGGUAGAAAUAGAAAAUAUCUUUUUCAAGUGCCUAUUUUAUUUUUGCUGUAAAAAAAAUAAUUUAGUUGCUAAAUUAUUAUAAAUUUCUACUAUAGCUUGAUAUUUAUGAAGGCUUUUUUUCUGGAAAAUCAGGAAAUAAUUCUGAAUGUUCAUUGACAAACUUUUUCGAAUCAGAAUGCAAGGAGGCUGUCUCAAAGGUUAUUUAACUAAAAAAAGAUAUUUUUUUGAGAAAUAUCCUGAAAAAAAUACCUUUACCUUCGAUAAACUGCUGAUUAUUAAUUGAGUUAGCAGGUGCUACCAGAUUUUUGAUUUUUGAAUAAUCUUUCGAAAAGAUAUAUAUAAAUAAGUUUUUGGAAACGGCUGCUUUUUCAUUUCGACAAACUUUUUUUCAUAUUUGAAAAAAAUAAAUUUGCGCUGAACUUUUUGGAAAAAUAUUUUUUUAAGGUUUCAGCAUUUUUUUGUAAGUAUGAACUGAUUUUCGAAUUUUUUCAAAGAUAAUCAGCUAAAAUUUGAAUGAAAUUUUAUUAAAAUAAGGUCAAUUCUGACUAUGACAACCAUCAUGUUUAUUACCCCCAAUGGGUGUACCUUUAUUUAAAACAAAAAAACUUCAAUCAUCUCUAUUUUUGAUCAACGUGUUACUCAAUCGAGUUUAAACGAACUACUAAUAUCCAAAUCCAAAAAAGCAAAGUUCUAGAUGUUCCGUUUCAGAGCAAUUCUGGAGAAAAUACCGACGCCGGUCGUUUCGCGACUCCACAGAACGUCGGAGACGAUGUCGCGGACGUCUUCCAUCAACACGAUGUCGUCUGGACACUCCAACUACCUCGAAAAGGUCCAGAGGAAGCACAAUUCCUCGGAAAUGGUUCGAAAUGCACCGAAAUUCCUCAUUUUGAAGUUGAUUUUUGUAGCAAGGCGACAGGAAAGAAGACUGGGAGCAGGUCUUCAAAUUGGCCUCUUCGACCCGUUCGGAAGUCAAAUCGACGUCGUUCCUGGCCGACCAGUACACGGAUAUCAAGGACUCCAACUGGGCCUUCAAGUUCGACUUCAAGCCCUGGGUUUCCAAUUAUGAAAUCACUGAGGUGCCGGAAAAUAUGGGGAAAAAGGAAAGAGAGAUUUUUGCAGGUGUUUUUCAAAAACUUCUGCUCUUUCUUGGAUCGCGAGUCGACGCAGAUGGAGAUGGACUUCGGACCCGGCGUCAACUCGCCGCGGACUUCCGAGAGCAUUUCUGGAAAGGUGGGGAUAGGAAAAUUCGAGGCUCCACAAAAGUGUUUUUUUUUCUAUCCUGGGAAGGCUUGUCCCCUGCAUGGAUUGAGUAGACCUAGUGUCAAAAAUUUUCAAUUUUUAUCUUCAGACUGAAACACUCGGUUACAAGUUGAGAUGUUUUCUUGAAGUUGCCUAAAACAAAAGCUGAAAAAAUUGAAAUGGCCCUCUGACAGCAAUAAAGCUUAUUAGUUAAAGAAUCUAGUUUGAAAAAAAGUUUUUUUAAAUACCAUUCCAUCUUGUAGGAUCACGACUAACCUGUUUUUUUGCUCAAUAAACUCGAAAAAAAUUUCUCAGCUGUCUUAAAAAUUCAUUUUUCGCGAACCUGUUAACUUUUCCUUCCUAGAUUCAACGAAUUCAUUAUAAUAAAAUUAGUUUCGUAGAAGUUUUAUUUUUUUCGAAAGGAAAAUGGGCCUAUGUGAGGAGAAUCUGUUGAUUAAUAAAAAAAAUUUAGCUGAGAAGUUUUUUUCUGUAAACCUUUUUCUCAAUUUUUCCAGCAAAAAAAUAUGCUUCUAAUAGCUGUCAGUUCAUCAUUUUUCGAUUUUGUAUGACUUUCUUAACUUGAAAAUAAUUUCUAGCAAGUUUCUGAGCUCUUUUUGAAUUUUUUUGUAAAUUUGGCGACGUUUUUCUAAAUUUCGUUUUGUGAACGUUCACGCUGUUCUCUUUCAAGAAAUUGACGGAAAUUAGAAAAAAUUUAGAAAAACAACGUAUUAUUGAAGUUUUUCCAGGCCGUGAGCCCAUCUACUGCGAUCUCCCCGCAAGUUUCCAUGGAACCCCGGGCUUAUGACCGUCUUCCGUCGAACCAGAGCACCUCAGACAUGAUGUUCACCAAGAUGGAUGCUCAGGUUUGUAGAGUAUAAAGAAAAAUAAAGAGAAAAUUGAGAUUUUCGUGAAAUUUGACUCACCUUUGACGAAAAAUAACGACAUAUUUUCAAAGUAAUGCCAUGUUCAAAAUGAUUCCACGAAAUUCAAAAUUGCCGUCAGAGAGUGAGGAAGAUAAAUGAGUUUUGGAGAGUCAGAGAUAACUUUGAAUUUUGUGGAAAUUACUUUGAAAACGACACAAAAAAGAAUACGGAAGAACAAAAAAUCAUAAAUAUCAUAUGUAGUUCAAUUAAUUAUCAAAACUUUACAAACCCUUUACUUUCAAACAAAUCCGAAUUUUCAGAGCGAAGAAGGCCUCCGAAGCAUCUCGGCAGGUAGACUGGAACACCUGGCGAAGAUUCUGGAGCCGAUCCGACCCCUGCAUCUGAUGUUCCGCGACUACUGCUGCUACCAGAACCGCCCUCCGAUUCUCGUUUUCUGGUUCAUCAAGAUGGCCCGACAUCGUCUGCACCGUCUCACCCUCCACAACCUCCAGGCCGUCACGCCCGUCGAUGCUCAUGACGUCAUCUCCUUGGCCAACAUCGAGAUCUUCAACGUCGUCCAGCCGGUUGGUUUCAGGAGAAAUUCGUGUGUACUGAAAAUCUUAAAAACGAGCACACAACUUUUUCAAAUUGUAGAAAGCUCAUGAAAUGAGGGGAAGAAUUUUUUCAGGGAAACCUAGGCUAAAAAGAGAACAAUCCAGAACCUCGCCAAUCUGCUUUAAUUCAUUUAUGAACAUCAAAACCGCUUAAAACAAAGGAUCUUGUUCAGGAGAGCCAUCCGAACGUGCUGAUCAAAGGGACGUUGCUGCUGAACUGGCUGCGCCUGCCUCUGAACGAGAGGAAGAAGAUCUCGAUCAACUUGACCGGCUGCCGCGAACUCAGCGCCCCCGGGAUCGCCGCCUUCGUUAUGGCCUGGAAGUCGACGGCCGAGCCGGCCAUCUUCACCCAGUUCUCCCUCGACGGCGACUCCUUCAGAUUCCACGAGAUCUUCGUCGAGAUCGAGUACGCUCAAAGAGGGGUAUGUCAGAGAUAUUCAAGAUCUGAAACCAUUGAACUGCUUGUAGAUGAUGGAGAAGACGAACAAGAAGCAGGCCGAGACGGGCUCCGAUAGGACAUUGCUCAAGAAGACCCUGGUCGUUCGUCAUCGUCGUGUCGCCAACGUUCAGAUCACCUUGGCCUACGCCAAUGAGUAUGUAGAUGAUCAGAAGAGCCAGCUCCAACGUGACAUUUUCAGCCGAAUCAUGCUCACCUGCAACGAGGUCGACAUCCCCAAGGCGAUGCCGACGAAACUGGCCCGGCCUCAUUCCUUCGCAGUUCUCAACGAUUCGCUCUCCAAGACUUGGUCCACCGAGUCGCUCAAGUCCUUGGCCCCGCCUAGUGAGUUCCGAGCGGAUAGGAAAAAUUUAUAUCUUUUCAAGAAACAAAAACAAAAAGCGAGCUUUUUCAGUUGAUUUUCAAAAGUUGAAGUCUGAAGGACAUAAUAAAAAGGAACUGUUUCAGAACUGCUCCGUCCCUUGUCGCAGACGUCGAUGCGAGGCGGCAACGCGUCGUCGGCGACUUCGGCCGCGUCAGUUUGUCGCGGCGACGGCUCCACCGACGACUACAUCGAGCAGCCGAACCUCGUUAACCGAUUCAUCCGAUUCUUGGCCACCUGA